AGAUUCAUUGUCGACAGGCGAUGGGAUCUUGGGCGGCGAUGGACGCCAUACGCAGUCAGCCCACUCCCGAUGGUACUCAGCGGAGUGAGCCAGAGAUCCUGAGCGAGGUGCUUGGCACCAGUUCUGGAUAUGUGCGUGGGCUUGGAUAUGGUGUCAAGCUCAUGGCACCCGCUAGAGUUGCAUCCAACCGAUCCGUCGUUGGCGAGAGCACCAUACGCCGAGCUGAUAUCGCAGAGAAAGAGGUUCAACAUCUACGGGGCGCCGUCGACGAGAUCAAAUACCAACUGGCGAGGCAGAGGGAGGAGCAUGAGAGGCAGAAGGAGGAGCAAGAAAGGCAGAGGGAGGAGCAAGAGAGGAGGAUGGAGGAUAUGCGGGUGAAGCAUGAGCGACGGAUGCAGGAGAUAUUACAGGUUCUCGUUGCACGCUUACCCAUCAAUGCCUCACCACCUCUGCCUUCAUCUGAUGCCCCACCACCUCCGCCUUCAUCUUUGUGAUUUGUCGUAUUUUAUUUAUGAUUUAUUUUAUAUACGAAUGUUAAACUUAUAUGUAUUUGUGCAUGGAUGAAUGUAAUGUGGAUAAGACUAUUUGUGUAUGUAUGGAUGUGAUUUUUGUUUGGAUGGAUGUAGUUUG